CAGCCAGUAAGGUUGCAGGAGCUCUGUGGUACUGUCUUACCCUCUCUCACUCUUUAUUUUUGGUGCUCAUUCUUCGCUCUUACUCAGCUUCAAACAUGGUAGAGGCUUUUGUUGGCACAUGGAACUUAAAGGAGAGCAAAAAUUUUGAUGAAUACAUGAAAGCCCUCGGUGUGGGCUUUGCUACGCGUCAAGUUGGCGGCAUGACCAAACCCACAACCAUCAUCUCCAUGGAGGGGGAUGUCAUCACACUUAAGACCGUCAGUACUUUCAAGAGCACAGAAAUUAACUUUAAACUGGGAGAGGAAUUUGACGAGAACACUGCUGAUGACCGUAAAUGCAAGUCCUUGGUGACCCUGGAUGGAAGCAAGUUGGUUCAUGUUCAGAAAUGGGAGGGCAAAGAGACGACCCUUGUCCGAGAAGUCAGUGACAACACCCUCACUCUGACAUUGACUCUUGGUGAAGUUGUCUCUACACGACACUAUGUGAAGGGAGAAUAAAGGGAAACUUCAGUUACAAUCCAUUCUCUCGUCCUGGCAACCUUAUUGUCACUGGCUAUGUAAAUUUUCAACGGUUUUCGUGCCUUUCUGUUGCACCGUUCCUCAUACACUGAAUAAAAUUCCAGCUUCAUACCACCAAAUGUCUGUAUAUGAUGUCUUAUACUGGGUGUGUUAUCUGCAUCUACAGUCAAU